AAGAAAUGCAUGCAGUGUGGUGCAGAGGCAGGCAUAAAGUAGAAGAGAAGGAUCAAAAAUGAAAAUUGGUCUCACGCCAGUUGGGAUAUAGAAAAGAAAGUCCCAUUCCAAAGAGGAUACGCAUACAAACACGCACGUACACACAAAAUAUAUUCGCUUACCUGAAAGCAGGGCUAAAGAGCGAGCAGCACUCACAUGCACACACACACAUAUACACACUAACUCACGCACACGUACAUACUCUUCGGCUUUAUUGGUUCCCAGGUAGCAUGUCGCUUCGCACAGUUGACGCUCAUCCUGCAAGACGCAUGCAACGCAGGACCGUAGCCAGGAUCGAAAAAAUGGAACCCCAAAUACUGCCAGCAAACGGCUCCAAUUUCGUAAAUGUGCGCGACGAUUCGCAUUGGAGCGGCCGGGAGCAGCCGAUGCUGCUCACCGCCUGGACACAGACUACGGGCGAGGACUUUGGGCUGUUGCGCACUCUGGACAACGACCCCCAUGUGGAGGCCGAGAAUCGUGCACUGCGCGAUAAAGUGCGCUAUCUGGAGGCCAAGCUGCAGGAGCACACGGAUCUGCUCUCCCAAAUACACGCGACAUCGGCGCGCAUGCAACUGGCCACGGCCACAGCUGCCUCGCCGGCGACGCCGCCCACACACCAGCCACAAAUACUGACACCGCCCAGCUCUGUUAUCUGUGCACCCAGCUCGGGGCAGCCGCAGCGCUCCGAGGUGAUUGACUAUAAAAUAAUUGCAGCCGCUGGCGCCGAUUGCAACGAUGCGGAUGCCAUCGAAAUACGUUUGGCGGCGGAGAGUUUGAACAGCCUGAGCACAUCCGCCGACUCGGAUCGCCUAGAGAUUUGCCUGGGCAAUGAUGAGCAACUGCAGCAGCAACAACAGCAGCAACAGAUCAAACGCGAGUCCACGACGCCGCUGCAGCUGAUCAAGCGGCGCAAGCUGGAGCUGCAGGAGCACAACAUGUCUGCACCGCCGGUGCUGCAACAGCAGCAGCUGCACAACGUGAAUUACAAGCUGCCCACGCGCCGAAGCCAUGGCAAGGCCAGGGACGAGUGGAAGCCGGAUGUCAAGGCUGAACAGCAAAUGGCAGACAAUGUGAUGGUCUCCAUUGGGCCCAACAAUACCUGUGUGCCGGCCAGUGUCUUUGAGAAUAUCAACUGGUCCGUCUCCUCGCUGGCCACGCGCAAGUUGCUGGUGGCCACAUUCGAUCGCGAGACGCUGGCCACACACUCGAUGACCGGCAAGCCGUCGCCAGCCUUCAAGGAUCAGCAAAAGCCACUCAAGCAAAUGCUCGAUCCGCUCAAGAUACAGGACAUCAUCUUUGCCGUGACGCGCAAAUCGAAUGCCAGCGAGAAGGAGGUGCGCAACGCAAUCACCACAAAAUGCGCCGAUGAGAAUAAGAUGAUGAAAAUUCAAAAGGGCAAACGCUGCAGCAUUGGCGACAAGGAGAACAUGCAUUAGAGAUUAAGUUUUUAUAUAUAUCUAAUACGGGGAGGGUUUUCCCCUCCCAAAUACCAAAAAGUAUCAGGCUGCAAAGUUAAACAAAUAGGUAUUCCAUAACUGUUAGCCCUAGAAAAGCCCUACCAACAACUUUGUCAUUUGUACAAAACGGAAGAUCUCGCAGUUUGUGUUUACGGUUUGAACAGAGCCUGUAAAUCAAAUACCAACUAAAGACCCAUAAAAUAGUUAGAAAAGCUCUUCGAACGGGCUGCCUGCAAGAGAACUAAUCGAAAACCAAACGACUGUUAAAGAAAACAUUUCAAAUUGGUAACAUAUAUAGAGAGAAAGUCUAUAUAAAAUAAUUUGUUACGAUUUGUAUAUCUUAUUGCUGCCUGUCAGUGUUUCUCUGCCUCUUGUAUCAGAUCUGCUAAGUAAUAGAAAAUAUUUAGAUUUAGAGUGAAAAGUUGAAUAAAUUAUUUUAACCAAA